AAAAGCCUCUUUUUUUUCAAACAAACAUUUCUUGGGACAUAAAAGGCAUUUAAUUUCAGUUUCCAUUUACUGCUAGAACGUUGAACUGCACCUUCUCACUGGAGCUGGCAUUACCUUCUUCAGUUCUCCUCAAAUUUGAUGUAUUUUCUAUCUACAACUUCAGUGUUUAUUCUGUCUCACUCUCAAAACCUGUGUGUUCUGGCGGUGAUUGCUGAAGACCCCAAUGCUUUGUUGAUCCAUCUCAGCGUCUUAACGUUUACUAAAUUCUGCUUUGAAAAUGAGAGUUGAGAAAGGAGCAAAAAAUGAAGGUGGAUAUGUUGGUGGUUUCUUCCACUUGUUUGACUGGACCUCAAAAUCUCGUAAGAAAUUAUUUGCAGCCAAGUCAGAUUUGCCAGAGUCCUCAAAACAGAGAAGAAAGGUUGAUGGCAACAUGGCAAUGGUGCUGCCCUAUCUGGUGGACGAAGAUGAUGAAAUUGGAGUAGGGAAAGGUAUUAGAGAAUGUAGUGAUCAUAGUUGUGCUUCAUCUGUUAUAGAUGAUGAAGUUUGUGGAACAAGGAGCCCUGGUGUAGUUGCCAGGCUUAUGGGAUUAGAUUCAUUGCCCUCUUCCAGUUUUCUGGAUCCAUAUUUUACCCCAUACUUUGACAGCCAAUCUCUUCAAGAUGUGCUGUACUGGAGAACAAAAUUUAAUCAUCUGCAUGACCAUCAGAUCCUGUAUUCUGGAAAGUCGAUUGAAAAAGCUGAGGGAUCUUCUAGGAACUUCAUGGAGGAAAAGCCUCAACAGACCCGUAGCAGGCCGAUUGAAAAGUUUCAAACAGAAGUAAUGCCUCCCAAAUCAGCUAAAUCUAUUCCUUUUGCACACCAUAAACUUUUGUCCCCAAUUAAGAGCCCUGGCUUUGUUCCAGCAAAUAAUGCUACUUAUAUAAUGGAGGCUGCUGCAAGAAUUAUUGAACCUGGCCCCCAAGCUACUACAAAGGCUAAAACCCCUCUGGUAGCAUCAUCAACAGUAUCACUGAGGGUUAGAGAUUUUAAAGAAAAAGCGGAGGCUUUACAAAAAGGACCUCUAAUUGGGUCAUCUUCAUUAACUUCUAGAGUUAGAGAUCUAAAAGAAAAAAGAGAAACUUCUCAUAGAACUAUCAGGCUUUCGAAACCUUCUCAAAGGUCGGCUGAGUCUUAUGAUGCCCAGUAUCUAAAGGGACAAUCUUUCAACAGAAGUUGGAAUGGAUCUGUGGAUACACAAGUCAGAUCAUCCUCUCAAGCAGAAGAAGAUUCUUCUUUGAAAAAUAAAGGGAAGUCUAUUUCACUUGCAAUCCAAGCAAAAGUGAAUGUUCAAAGAAGGGAAGGCUUGAGCUUUAGUAGUGGAAAAAGUUUGGUAGAGCAGAAAGAACAAUAUGACAUUAAAACCCCCCAGCAAUCUCUGAAGGCUAAUGUUCAUAGAAGUUUGCAUAAGAAAUCCUCUGGUCAAGAUGCUUCUGGUGUCCUCAGGCAGAAUAAUCUGAAACAGAAUUGUUCAAUGGAAAAAGACAAACUACCAUCAAAGCCACUGGUUUCCAAUUCAAACGGUAGGAAAGUUGUGACUGGGGAUUCCUCUUGUGGAUGUCAUAGAAGCUCUAGUAGUAAAGCCACUGCAAAAUCUAAAGUUGGGCCCAAAAAAUCAUCCAUGAAUGUGACAGAUAGUGAAAAGGAAGUCUUAUUUACUCGUACCAACAAUUUCCCAAGGAAGAAGAGGACCACAGACAGGGACUGGAAUGAUAGGGUUGUUGAUAAUUUGUUUAUUGACAAAACUCAGAAGCCUGUUAAGUCUAAUUUAGUUAGUAAUAAACACCAUGGUGGGGCUGAAGAAGUAAAAAAUAAAGACAUGGAUGUAGUUUCCUUCACAUUUACGACGCCAUUGACAAGAUGCAAUUCUGAUUUUGAGACAUCUGGACAAACUGGCCUGAAGACUGAUAGCCUUUCUUUGGAUCAGCAUAUUAGAAGAGUGUUGCUUGACACUGACAUUGACACUGAUAGUACAAGGACUCUGGUAGGAUACAAUGCUAUUGGUGGCGAUGCCUUAGGUAUCCUUUUGGAUCAGAAGCUGAGGGAAUUAACAUAUGGAGUUGAGAAUUCUUGUGAUGACUCCUUCAAAGCAAGGUCACCUUCCAGUAAUUCUUGUGAUGACUCCUUCAAAGCAAGGUCACCUUCCAGUACUGUACCAAAAUCAAAAGAUCUUGUCUCCACCCUUAAUUCAGUCAACCUAUUUCUGGAAUUGCAACAGAAGACCGACCAAGACAUGAUCUGGACAGACAAAUUAUUCAGUAGCCGUGAAUGUGACAUUUCCUUCACUUGUCUUCCAGAAAUAUCAUCCAAGCAUAGACUCUGGAUGGAGGAGUGUAAGAUCAAUCCUAUGGAAGCAGAGUUAUUCAGUCCCGGACAGCCGAGUCCAAUGUCUGUUCUUGACCCUUCUUUCUCUACUCAAAGCUGUGAAUCUCCAUUCAGCACAAAUGCUGCUAGUUCAGUAGAUCAAAACAGGAAGCAGGUUGUGGGCUCAGGAAGUGGCUUGAAUUCCUCUAGAAAGUACCAUCAUGCAGAAGCUGAUACAGAAUUGUUUGAUUCAGCAUCAAGUUCGACCGUGCUAAAGAAACAAGCAAGUCCAUGUUCUCAAAUGAAGUUUGGAGGAUCAAGAACAUGGGAGUUAGAUUAUGUGAAUGAUAUAUUGUGUAAUGUGGAGUUGAUGUACAUGGACUUUUCUCUUGGUAGAGCUCGUGACAUUGUGAACCCUCAUCUGUUCAACCAGUUGGAAAGUCGAAGAGGAAGAAGGUUUGAGAGUGAUGGUGGUGAGUGUAGGAUGAGAAGGAAAGUUAUAUUUGAUUGUGUGAGUGAGAGUUUGGACUUAAGAUGCAGGCGUUAUGUUGGUGGAGGGUACAAAAUGUGGGGCAAAGGGGUUGCAAUGGUGAAAAGAAAUGAAUGGUUGGCAAGGGAAGUGUACAAGGAAAUUUCAAGCUGGAGGGACAUGGGGGAUUCAAUGGUGGAUGAACUCGUAGAUAGGGACAUGAGCAUCGAAUAUGGGCGAUGGCUAGAUUUUGAGGUUGAUACUUAUCAACUUGGUUCACUGGUUGAAGACCAAAUAUUUAAUUCUUUGGUUGAUGACUUCGUUGCUGAAAUCCUGCAAUUAUAAUACACCUCAAUCAGUGAUUGUGUGAGAUUUGAUUUUUAGCAUUUUCCCACUGAAUUAUAAUUACUGUGUGUGCUUGCCCCCUCCACAUGGCAUCUCUAUUAAUAAACUUGACCAAAUAUUUAAUUCUUUGAUUGAUGAUU